AUGACUCACAACAAAACGACGGUAGCAGCGGUCGUGGAUGUCACAGUGAAGCUGCAGAAACGGGAGCGUCGACCACAGAAACGCGAGUCGAAAAAAGCGUCUCAGCCAUCAGCCAAGGAGACCGAAGGCGGACCAAGGGGCAAGAUGUUUGUGACUCAACGACACGAGCAAUGA